GCGGUUUGUUGUUGAGCAGAAAUAGUCAAAAUACAUCUCGUCAGAGAUGCCUGCUGCAGCGGAGCGUCCUCGCUCGUCGCAAGAGGCUCUUCUGAGUCUCGAAAAAGGCACCGCUUCGCCUACGACGCAACUCAAUGAAGCUGCUCACAUUAUAGGCAUUGAUUUGGCGUUGUGCGCAAGUCAUCCACAGACAGUCAAACCUGUCCAGACACCCCAGAAUACCGCCCCAAAGGAAGAAUGGGUUCUACGAUGGUUAUUGAAAAAGUUGAGGACGGGAAAGAAUUACCGUGUUGAGUCUGCGUCUUUCUUACUUUUGAAAAAUCUCGUCCAUUUUAUUCCUCCUAAAAGCCUGGCCACGAUUUUGAAAGAUCAGAAGUUUCUUGAUAUACUGAACGAGUCCGUCGCGGAUCUGAAGGACGCUGUUUUCGCUGCAGUGGAAGAAGAUGGAAUGAACAUUUCGACAUUCGCUGAAGCUUUUGGUUGCUCGGGCUCUGACACCAGUCAUACACUCUCUGAUUCACCUCAUGAAAAUGGUCGACAUAGACAUGGAAAAAAGGGCAUAAAACGGAAGAGGGUCGACGACGACUGUAACGAUGGCAAGGGGGACCCGAUGGAUAUUGACGACCAGCCGCAACAGUCCUUCGCGUCUUGUAUUCUAGCUUUUAUUGCUCUUCUCAGCUGUCUCUACAACUUAGUGUCACUGGCAAAUGGGGCGCCGGGCGUUGACGAGGUAGCAAGUUCUCACCUCAAACAUGCGCUGAGAGGGGAGCUCGAAUCUGUGGCCGUGGCGUUGAGUAGAUCGUUUCAGAUUGCAGCUGUUGCAACGGCCCAGUUCUCGCAUUGGCAGGCAAUUUCUGAAUUGCAGCAGUUGUUCUACCUGUUACCAGCAAUUCUGGAGCUCUGGAGCCUGAGAUCACUUCGUCUCGAUGAUGCGGAAAACAAAUCUAGCAAUGACUUCUUUGAAAAACACUGUUUUGUGCAUGCAUUGAGACUCCAGCUUUGUGUGCUCUCCACUGAGCUCCAAGUCGAUGGGAAAAGUGAAGUGCUCCAUGGACUUGAGCAGCUGAUUGCACUCCAUGUAGUUCUCCCAGCACGGGCAGGCUUCUUCGGUCGAGGCGGUUCUGGUAUAGAUUACUCUGCCGACCAACCAGACUGGAGCCCUGUACAACCUAUCACCGAAACAUUCAGGCCUCUUUUCUCUAAAGCAGUUAGUGAAAGAGCAGAACUAAGGGGGACUCACCGCAACAACAAAGCUUGUGGGACAGCGGUAUUACUCCCCCUUUUUUUCGAAACCGCUGUUCGCUCUGUUCCUAGGGACACAUUCCGACGGCAAACGCAUGAGGCUCCUUGGCUGGAAACCCUAUUUGUAGCUGUUGCAGAGCUGGCGUUUUCAAUUGCUAAGGAAGAAAAUGUGUCGUCUACCUAUAUUUUUGAUUUUGUGCGCGUUCUGGAACAUCUCUUCCGUGUUGUUCUCGAUCGAAAAGUCCAGCUGUCUCUGCACACUCUGCUUGCCCAUGCCCCAUACACCGGUCUUCUGAAGGACGAGCUGGAGCGGGUCGAGUGGAAUUUGACGGCCCUGCUUAUCAAACUUGACGUUGACAUCUUCCUGCCGAACUCGGGACUUAAUGACUCUGGUAGGCUUUUGAACGCUUUGCUGGAAAAGAUCUCGUUACAUUGGCGCCAGGGCACGUCGCGCGAAGAUCCCAGCUAUGGGACCAUCAAGGAUAGCAUCGUAAUCCCUUUGAUGAAUGGAUUCGCUUCCGCAAGGGAUUUAUCCACAUUUGUCCGGAUAUGGCAUGAACAACUGGUGGCCGCAGAACAGGCACGCUCGCAGAACAACAGACUCAGCAUUUUCACUGUUUGGGAGGAUGAUGACUUGUGUGAUGCUUACGGUGAAUUGGUUCGGACUGCCCUUAUAGAUGCUCAGUUAGCCGUGCAAAUUAAAUUCGCUGCAGCUGACGUAUUGACGGGAGAAGGCAAAAUCUCAAACUCCCCUAAUGCCUACGCUUCAACUGUGCAAUUAGAAGCCAGCUUUAGGCAGCGGGGCCUCAAUUUUGAAUCUCUGGAUGAAGCUCUGAACUCAAUUAUCAAGGGCCUGUCAGGGACUUUGUCCUCAAACGAUUCUCUACAUUGGCGCUGGCGCCUGUGGAGGCUUGCCCGGAAUCUACUCGAGCAUAAUGUACAAUCGACCAAUAACCCUCUUGGGGCCGCUAUCAUGGGCUUAGUUGACGUUGCUGCGAAUUCCAUUCAGCACCUCCACAGAAGUUUCAUGGAGAGCUCGGGCUCUUUACUGGAAUCAUUUGAAGCAUACAGGUUCGCCAUUGUCGCCGCUAAAGAUGCCACCAAUCCCGGAAGUUUCGACUCGCUUACUGCAGAAAUUUUGGGCUUUCUAAAGUCCAUCGCUGCCAGCUAUGUCUCAAAACCAACCAAUGCUCCGUGGAAUGGACGGACCGAGACUCUCGAUUCCCCCGCGUGCCUUGGUCUAGGGUACCUUUUCACGCUUCUAAGGGCUCCAACUAUUUGGCGUCAGAUACGACCCGAGACCAGACGCUCACUGUUCGAACGGAUGUUGUCUAUGGCCGCUGCGCAAUAUUGUCCAUCAUGGCGGAGUUUGGAUAAUGUUACAUCUGAUGCAAGAUUUGUCCAGGCUUGGGCCAGCUUAGUCUGUCAUGACUAUCUUCUCAACGUUCCACGCAUUGUCAACGACUUGGUUUCACUCUUGUGUGAGAAAGUCAAGAGGGAUGCCUCUAAUCGCAAGCUGUACGUUGAGAGUCUGCAAAGGAUCCCAACUUUAUUGAUUACGCGCCGGCAUAGGGCCACCCUUCUGGACCUGCUUUUCGAUAUUCUAGAUGAAGACAAUGCAGUUGAAGUUGUUGUCGGGGUAAUAUCUCUGAUGGCGAAAUUAGCAGAGAUGCCAAAGUCAGCUGCCGCGGUAACUGGCGAUUGGGGGCAUAUUUGGAAAAUGGCAAAAGCUAUAUCUCUGCAGGGAACGAUGGAUGACCUUGCAAUCACGCAAGGGUUCCGAAACCUUCACCGAGCUGUCAUGGACAAGUUGCUCGUGCUAUCAGGUGAGGAGCAGCAUAAGCUUUUCAAGAAACUGCAUCGCAGGGUUACUUCGAAGGUUUCCAAGUUGAAAUCGAUCGAGUGUGACUCGAUGGUCUCAUUUUUCUUGAGAAUCUCUGUCUCGCAGCUAUGGGCCCAUCGGAAACAACUCUCGGACGUCGUUAACGAGACGGAGCUUGCUGCCUGUCGCGCUAGAUUGUUUGAACUUGUGAUGGCCGAAAUCAAGUCAGUCAAGGAGCAGUGCAAAAAACACAAGUUCCCGGGAACGACAACCCUGGUCAAGAUUCUGGAUCUGCUGGAAGAUUUUGAAGACUUGGCUACUGCGAAUGGUGAUCUGAAGAAGCUUUUAUCACAGAUUGAGGGCUAUAUUCCACCAUCAGAUGGACACAGUGGUCCAUCCUUGGGAAGAUUGGCUCGACAACGCAUUCUUGCUGGCUGGAGACCCAAGAGCAACGCGUUACCUCUGAUGCAGUGCUCCGAGACUCUUCCUCUUGAGCAACUGUAUGACCAAGAGCUGCAGCUCUUCGUUCGAACCACUACUGAACGAUUCCGAUCUAUGACUGUCGAGAGCCUAGGCCAGGUCAUCAAAGAUGUCAGAGAAACCGGGGGAUUCACAGCCGAGAAUUCCGUGCAUCCUUUGCUUGUAGUUGGUCUGGCUGUUGUUUCGCUCCCGCCUAUCGAAGACAAGGAUAGCACUGUCGCAAAGGAGCUCUCGUCGAUAUGUACCACCAUUACCGAGUCUCUUCCGCACAGCACUUCGAUCGAGCAAUUCUCCUUUGCCACGGAAUGUCUGGAUGUGCUUCUCCGCCACCAUACUCGCUGUAUCACGCAGUGGAACAUCGACAGCCUCCUAACAUCUAUCUCAAUGUGCGUCUCGCCUUUGGGACCACGCAUCAGUCCUGAGUUCGCACCAACGGUUUACAUCCGCCUUUGCCGGUUGAUGGGCGUCCUUUUCAACCUGCACCGUCAAAAGCUCGGAGGUCGCUUUCACCUUAUCCUCCCCGCAAUGCAACGACUUCUUAGCUGCCUCUUCAUCUACGCUAACAAGAAACGCCAUAUCUCUACCCGCAGCAACCAGCAAAGCCCAUACUGGCUUGGUCCCUUGUCAGCGUCACACGCGACAAACUUCACCCGUCUGCUCACCACCCUCUGCGACCCAACAGUAUCCGCCGUAUCCCGUCCGACACACUCGUUUGUUAAUCACGAAGGUCUGACCGACCAGACGAAGAAAGCCAAACGGAUCGCGGGACAAUACCUUCAGUACUUAAUCAUGGAGUACGCACAGUGCUCUCUGCGGGGUUCUCUCGCGCCGGAGGUCAAGGCCGCCAUUUUGCCUGGUCUCUACGCGGCACUGGAUGUCAUGCCCAGGGAUACGAUGCGGGCAUUGAAUGCUGGGUUGGAUGUGUCUGGAAGGGCUGUGUUCAAGGGGUUGUACGAUGAUUAUAUGAGGUUUGGGAAAUGGAAUAAGGCGUAGUAUGGUCAUUGUGUUUAGCACGCAUCAUAUGCAUAUCGGAGUACAUAACAUACAGCAUACAUAUUUUUCCACGUCACCAAUCGUUCUCAUACAGCCUUACUUCUUCAUCAGUCAAAGGAUAAUCCGGUAGAAAAGAUCCUUGCUGUGUGUGGCAUAUAUGCGUGACUUGUAAAUUUUCUUUCUCAUAUAACUUUUUUAUGCUGAUGAUGUAUCUGAAUUUGGAUCUACUACGACUAGUCAGAGUUGUUUUGGCAUCUUUCUCCAAACGGGCGUCCGCGGAUUGGUUCUAAUAUUAAAUGAACCACUCCCCUCUUGUUCCUCUCACUUAUCAUGUUAGUACAGAAGGGGAGGGAAUUGAUA